ACAAAUGUAGAAGAAAUAGCAAGAGGAGGAUUUGGUAUUAUAUAUCUAGCAACUUGGCUAGAUGGCCCAAUAAAAGGUGAUAUUAAUCGAAAGAGAAAUAGUAAUGAAACUAUCAUUUUAAAAAAAUUUAAAAAUUCGGAAGAUGUUAGUAAAUAUUUUUUAAAUGAGAACUUAUGGUUUUACAAGAGAUCCUGAAUUUGACGAUUAUAUAUUAGUUAUGCAAUAUGCAUCAGGAGGAGAUUUACAUAAUUGGAUACAACAAAAUUUUACAAAAAUUACGUGGAAUAAACGAAAAUUAGCUAUUUUAUGGCAAAUUUCAGAAGGACUUGAAACUAUUCAUAAUGCAGAUUAUAUACAUCGAGAUUUUCAUAGUGGAAACAUAUUAUUUGAUUUGUCAAAUAAUAAAAAACAUCAAUGUCAAAUUGGAGACUUAGGAUUAACACAACCCGCAAAUAACACUUCAAAUAAUGAAAUAUAUGGAGUAAUUCCUUAUAUUGCACCAGAAAUAUUUAAAAAGUCUUCAUUUUCUAAAGAAUCUGAUGUUUAUUGUAUGGGUAUGAUUAUGUGGGAACUUACAACAGGUUGUAAACCUUUUUCUAAUGUUGAUCAUGAUAUCAAUCUGGUUUAUAGAAUCCUUGAUGGAGAACGACCCGAAAUUACAGAAGAUACACCAGAAUGUUUUGCUAAUUUAAUGAAAAGAUGUUGGGAUUCUGAUCCUGAGAAAAGACCCUCCAUAACAGAAGUUCGUAAAACUCUCAGUAUAUGGUAUCAUACAAAUAGAAAUAUUGAACCAUUUAAUCAAGCAGAAAUAAAAAGAAAAGAGCUAAUGAAUUUGAAGAAACUUGGACCCGAGUUCAGCGGAAAGCCUCAUCCAAGUGCUAUUUAUACAAGUAGACCAUUAAGCUCUUUUAUCUCCAAAUGUUCAUCUAAUAGUAAUUCUUCUAAAAGUAUGUACUAGAAUAAAAUGUUGACCUUAGAUAAAUAAAUGUAAA